AUGAUUACUUUGGUAACCUUCCACGCCAAAGCUGCUGUGCCUGAAGGGAAAAGUCUGGCAAUAAUAGGAGAUUCCAUGGCAUUGGGCAACAAUGAUCCCCAAAAAGCAUAUGAAUUACAACCUAUAGGCACUAAUAAUAUUUGGGUAUCCAAAACGCCGGCUCCACUGCCCCUACGCAUACCAGUCAAUUACAAGUACAUUGUACUAAAUGGCAAUAGCUAUGAUUCAGAGACGGAAACUACGUGUAUUGUUGCAAAAAAGGAAACAUAUACGGUGAUUCCCAAUGGAUACGAAAUGUUGGUGGAAGAUGAUGAAGGAGAAUUUCGCAAUUUGUCUACUCAUAGUACCAAUAAGAGUAAAUCUGAUACAACCAUCUCCCACCUGGAGCAGAAGAGAAGAGAGAUUUUGGACUCCCUUAAUAAUGAAAAAAUGAGUCAUGAUUCCACCGUCUAUUUUAUUUCCAGCCGCUUACCUGUGCAACUGAUAAAAGUAUUACCUGAAGGUAAAAUGGUACUCCGUGAACGAAAUACACCAUUGACAACAUGUCUUUGGCAAUUACGAAAGAAGCUGAGCUUCCCAAUGAAAUAUAUUGGGUUUACAGAAGUAGAAGAAUCACAUGAUCCCAAUGGCAACUUAUCUAAACUUACGCCAUUUUCAGAAGGGAAUUGUAUACCCCUUGAAAUCCCAGAGGAGACCCUUAGCAAAUCGGACACGUUCAAUAAAAAUUUCAUGUGGACUCUCUUUUAUAAUAUUGGUGUGUGGGAUAUAAAUGUACAAAAUCCAUUCGAUUGGGAACUAUGGCAGGCUUAUCUUGAGGUUAACAAAAUAUACGCCAGGAUGUUAGUCCGUAAACUCGUUACGGGUGAUAUGAUAUGGGUUCACGACUAUAAAUUGCUGAUGGUCCCACACUUUGUUACUAGAUUGAGAUGCCGUGCAAACAUUGGCAUAUUCGUCCAUGCAAUAUUCCCCACGUUUGAACUAUUCAAAUGCUUAGCAGUGAGAGAGGAGUUAUUGCGUAGUAUGCUUUGUGCAGAUAUUAUUGGUUUUCACUAUUUCGAAUCAGCUAAGCACUUUUUGACUAGCUGUAGACACUUGUUAGGGUUGGAUUACCAGUUCAGUUUGUAUGGAUUAGCUACAAUUGAUUACGCUGGACGCCAAGUUAUUGUGCAUAUGUCCCAUCCCUGUAUUAAUUCCGAAUCGGUAUUGGAGAUUUUAAGGUCAAUAGACCAACCAAACGCGGCAGUGCCUGGUUGUGAUGGAGAAAACUCUAUCUCAGAACUAAAAAAUUACGAGGCAAAGAAGGCCAAAUUCAUACACACCUUCUGUGAACAAUUCUUAAAAGAUUAUCCACAAAUAACUGCAGAAUCCAAGUGUCUAACCGAGAGCUUCAUAAUUUCCAGCGUGGAUAGAGAAAUAAAAUUGUCUGGAAUUUUGUUAAAAAUGAAGGCAUUUAGGCAAUUUUUACAUAACUACGAGUACGCCCGAGGAAAAGUUUUAUUGAUUCAACAUGUAUGCUUUCAUGAUACUCUAUUUGGGGGUAAUGUAGUCAUGCUGGAAAAUAUACAGCAAUUGGCCACUAAAAUUAACAAUGAAUUUCAAACCAAGGAGUCUCCCUUUCAUGUAAUUGUAAAAGUUGGCCAUUUGAGCUAUGAGGAUAAAUAUUCGUUAUUUAAGGUAUCUGAUUGUUUAAUGGAUACAUGCAUCAGGGGAGGUAUCAAUUUAAGUGCCUUUGAGUACAUUGUAUGCCGUAGAGGUAAAUCUGCUUCAGCGAUUAUCUCCGAAUUUACCGGCUUUUCCCACUCCUUAGAGACAAUAGUACGUAUAAAUCCGUGGCACAUGGAAGAUAUUACACGGGCGAUUGACAUGGUGAUGACGAUGCCAAAGCACACAUCACUUAGUAAAUGUGACCGUGAUUUUGUGUAUAUAAAUAAGCAUGAUGCUAAAUCAUGGGCCGAAUCGUUUGUACGUGAAAUGCACUGGGCACGUAAAAAGUCUAAUCACCUUUAUUUGACUUAUGGUUUUGGUAAGUCGUAUAAAAUGUACACCAUGCCUUCAAAGAUGAUUGAGAUCCAUGAUGUGAUGGAGUACUACAAAUUGAGUGAGAGAAGGCUGAUAAUUGUUCCCCUUGAAACAUGGGAAGAUCUAGAAUCAAAGGAAUCUGUCGUGUCUAUUUUAGGGAGUGUAGCUCAAAAUACUUCGACACAGGUAAUAUUGUUGGCGAACAAUUAUGAUAUAACAAUCGAUAAAGAUGUUAAAGGAGACAAUCCAAUCGCUGUGUUAACCAAUGAAACUCUAUUGGGAGUCAUAUCAAACGAUGGGUUAUACUAUAAAUUACCCAUCCUUACUGGUAAACGUUGGGCAUCUCUAAUAGAUGAUGUGACCUCUGAUUGGAAGGGGCCAACAUUCCAAGUGAUGAACAAGUAUGUGUCUAGAACUCCUGGUAGCUACAUUGAAGAAAAGGAGUCAUCGCUAACCUUCCAUUAUGAGAAGGCUGACCCUGAUUUUGGGAUAAUACAGGCCAAAGAAUUGGCAGUUUUGUUGUCAGAUUUAUUGGAAAAUUUGCCUGUGCAAGUAAACCGUAAUAAGGGCCACAUACAAGUUAGGUUAGGAGGUGUAGAUAAGGGAGCUGCGGUUAUUAAGAUUAUUAAUCAUUAUUCGGAGUUAUUUGGGCCAUUUGACUACAUUUUGGCCUUUGGUAAUGAUGCAGGUGAUGAAACAGUAUUCGACGCCUUGUUUAAGUGGGAUAGCAUUAGGCACAGUGAUGGUGGCAAUGAUAUAUCCAGGAGUGGUGAAUCACAUGGGAAUAAUUUAAUAUGCCAGGAUUUUGAAUUGGGGAAAAAUUAUGAUUCUGACAUUGGGUUUGACAGAGGAACGCAUAAUACAACUUAUAAAAAUGUCGACUUUGGAUACACCAGGAUUGUAACGUGUAAAAUUGGCAAAAGUCCUAGCAAAGCCAAAUAUUACAUCUACUCUGAAGCGGAUGUUGUAACUCUUUUGGCCUCCAUUGCAGAUUUUGAUGGAGGGGACUUUGAAUUGUAA